GAUUGGUAGGUUUUUUUACAAUGAAGAAUUUAGGUGCUAUCUGGAUUAUGAUGAAACUACAAUGCUCAAAGACAAGGACUUGAUCCUUGUCACCGACUCGAAGCGAGAUCCACAGCAAGGACAAUGCAGAAAAUGUGGAGCGCCAGUAGGAAUGGACGCUCCACAGCUCCCGCUGCAGGCGCACACGACUGCACCGCCCACACAACCCCAUCAUCAUUACCAGGCCAUAUCAUCAACUGCUCCUACCCUGCAGCGUGCAGUACAAGUGCAGCACGCCCCACCGACCGAGCGACAAGGUGAGCCGCAGUUGGUGGCACAGCCACGAGCGCUGCCGCCGUCGCAAAAGGGAGGGACGGUGCCGUUCGAGGACGUGGUACCGAGGUUCACCAUUCUGAACUACACCUUACUCGAUCUUCCUUACGACAUAGCCGCGGCGCUGCACACCUUCAAGUCCGCGGCCGACGUUCCGAACACAUUUAGGAACAGGACUGUGCUGUGGCUCAAUCGUGACAUAAGCCAGUAUACCCUUACCCUGGGAAUCUGUAUGGUGAAGCAGCUCGUCUACUGGUGCUGCGUUAUGGCCAGCUCCGUGACGCUGUUGGAUAUGACUCGUGCAGCGGGCACUUCGAUUCAAAGCGAAGUACGAGAGGAGAAAAAUACACAACAUAGAAGACGUCAAGGCCCACAAGAUGAAGUACGGUAAAAGAGUUAUUGCGCAGUCACCUAACGCGAAGCGCUUCUGCAGAGACUCUAAUUCUGCUUCGCCUCAUUACACUCCAGAGUCAGGUGAAGCCCACUUCACGUUGCCGCCAUUGUUCUUUUGGUCUACGGCUCCGUUCAGCAAGUCGGCUUCACACCAUUACUUGCCCUUUCGGAAGCUGGACCGAGAUGGUCUUUUUAUCGACAAUAUGUGGACGAUACGUUUGUCAUCAUUAAGAAGAAUUACGCCGACACCUUCUCAGACUUUCACAACAACGUCCACCCCUGCAACCUAUGACCACGUCUCGUAGGGAAACAUCCCCUUCUUAGACGUCAUGAUUCACGGGAACCCGGAUGGUACUAUAUGCACGUCAGUAUACAGGAAGCCCUGUGACUCGGGUCAAGUCCUCCACUACAGAUCAGACCGCCCUUUGGAACAUAAACGGUCCGUGGUCCGAUCCGUGAUCCAUCUUUGAACAUUCUGUCUACCCACAAAGAAGAAACGAAAGAACUGGAGAUUAUAGAGUACAAUUUACGACCCAAGUGUUACCCCGAGACUUUCAUCAACGACACCUUCCACCGGAGGCCAACGGGAAGACAAAAAAGAAACGCAGCAAGCGCCAGAAAGUUCCUACGUCUCAAUUCCUCGUAUAAAAGGGGUUUCCAACCUAUACGACGAAUUUUAUCACAAUCGAACGUAAGAACAAGUUUUGAGCCAGAGAGGACACUUAGAAGCUCGUCUGAGCCAUCCAAAUGACAAGACAACCCUUGACAACGAACCUGGUGUUGUUUACCAGAUACGCUGCGAAAAAUGGCCAGCCGUCUCUGCGAGUGCAACAAGACAAAAAACAAGCACAAGAACGAAGGAACAUAGAUGGGACCAAAUCGACCAAAGAUCCAACUGAACCAUGUGACCACGUGCGGCUAACCGGACACAAAGUUGACCUAGGUAACCUUGACAUUUUAGCCCGUGAAGAGCGAUGGGAAGUGCGUAAACAACUUGAAUCUUGGUUCAUCAAAAAGAUAAGCAAUUCUGUCAACAAGCACCUUGGCCCUGUUGCGGACUGCUACCUAUACUUAAUAGAUAAGUAAGCAUUUCAGCCAAGACCAGUACUGUUCCAGAAACGUCAAACUUUUAGUUUUUCUUUAUGUUGUAGUGGCAGUCUGAGUUCUUUUACCAAUAAACAUGACACCUCCUGGCCUUUGGAGCAUAUUCACUAACCGAUGGAAAUAUGUGCAGUUUCUAAAAAGAGUGCGGCAAAUCUACAAUGGGAACAUAGAAAUGAGGAGAUGCACAUGAACCAGGCUGCAUGGAACAUGUUGACGAACUCUUAAUGAAGUUAAUCCCACUAAUGCAGCCUACCAUACACAACACAGAGGGACCCUUCUGGAUCCUUCUCUUAUGAUAUGUUACGCUGGGUGAAAACUCUCACAAGUUUGGAGCAGAACAUCAUCGAAUGAGCACAACACCACAAAAUAUUUCACCAUGAGGUAUUCAGAAUUAUUCGAAUUGGGCUUUUUCUGAUUAUUCGAAUUUGAUUCGCCAUCUGAAGGAAACCUUCGGAUUCGAUUCGCGGUGCAAGCGAAAUAUUCUUAAGCUAUUCGCAAUAGAAAUUUCGCUAUUCGCAGCUAAUUCGCUGCUAAUCACUGUCAUUUUGGUAACAGAUGAUAUCUCCAAUUUCUGAAUUGUUGCGACUCAAUGUGGUAACGGGGAACAGCUUUUUUUUAAUUUACAAAACCAAUAGCCAUGCACAGCGCAGAAAUACGUAAAACUUAACACAAACAUGAUCAUUCCUCCGAAGAGUGAAGAUGUGUACAGUGUCUUUCUGCCACUUUAGC